ACAUGAUUAUAUCAUGACGUCAUGAUACGAGUUUAGACGUUUUCGAAUAGAGCGUCAGAAUGUCAGAACCGAACAUCGCCGCGCAACCAGCGCAACCUGAAUGAAAAGAUGGCGUCCCUGGAGUGUGUGUUUACCAGCGAUGCGACCGGUCAGCUUUUCAACGCCUGCGCGUGGGACGUGGUGUCGGGGUCGGUGUUGGCGCAGUACAAAGGCAACACAAGCGGUCCGCGGACUCUGUGCAUGCUCGGUUCGGACUACCUGGUGAGCGCGCAGCCCGAUAAACCCGUUCUCCAAGUGUGGUCCCUUCAGCGCAAAGACCACAAACACAUGGUGUGCCCCGGCAAGGUGACAGCGCUGGCCGCUUCGCCCGAUGGUUCCCACUGCGUCGCUGGUAUCCAGGAGAAGAUAUACGUCUGGCAGGUUUGCUCGGGGGACCUGCUGGCGGUGCUCAGCCGCCACUUCCAGCCGGUGACGUGCCUGUGCUUCUCGGACGACGGCGCCCGCUUCGUGUCGGCCUCUCGCGACGGCCAGGUGCUCGCCUGGGACCUAGCGGACGCAGCCAGCGCCGGCUCAACCGAACCCCUGCACGCUUGGACGCAGCAUAGCCACGAUGUGACGGACUUGCACAUUGGCCAGGGAGGCGACCUCGCCCGCGUCUACAGCGUCUCCCUGGACCAGACGCUGCGGGUGUACGCACUCGACACUGGGGAGGUACUUGCCACCGCAGUGCUGGAUGCGGCGCUUGCGGCCGUGGCAGUUGAUCCUGACGAAGGCAGCACGUUUGCGGGCGCCAGCUCGGGCAAGAUAUUCCAGGUGUCGCUGCACAACAACCAAAACCCAGAGUGCGUGUUGCGCGCCGAAGCCACCUUCAUCGGCCACCAGGCCAGAGUCAGCUGCCUCUCAAUCUCGUUCGACGGCCUCCUCCUGGUGUCCGGGUCGGACGACACUACCGCCCGUAUUUGGGACGUCCCAUCGAAGCAGUGCAUCCACAUCCUCCACCACAAGGGGGCGCUCACCAACGCCUUUAUCGUGCUCACUCCAGCCGCGCUGACGCAGGCGACAAAGGCGGCGCUGCCCAGCCUUCCACUGACUACCUUCAAGCGCUCUAUGCAGGCAGCGAGGGACGCCAAUGGAACGGCGGUCAACGUUGGCCGUGCGUCGACGGAACUCUGGCCGUCGUCGCUCGCGAAGGGGGGGGGAGGAUACCGUCUGGCGGAGGAGUGUGCAAGGGCGCUGUCGUCGGGUGCGACGCAGGAGGAGAGUGAAGUGGAGGUGGCAGACGGCGCGGGGGAGAAAGAGGCGCUGAAGGAGGUGGCUGCGCUGAAGCAGGUCAACAGGCAGUUGUACAACUACGCCUGGAGCUGUGUGCUCGGCCUGCAGGAACCGCCCAUGAAGCCUCGGUCCUGAUCAGCUUAAUAAACGGACGUGCGCUCUGCC